AUGAAGAGAGUGUUUGGGGUGAAGAAGGACAAAGAACCUCCUCCGUCUAUUCAAGACGCCUCCGAUCGGAUCAACAAAAGAGGUGAUACCGUCGAUGAGAAGAUUAAGAAGCUUGAUACUGAACUUGCCAAGUAUAGAGAGCAGUUGAAGAAGAUGCGUCCUGGCCCUGCCCAAGAAGCUGUCAAGGCUCGUGCCAUGAGGGUUCUUAAGCAAAAGAAAAUGUAUGAAGGUCAACGAGAUAUGCUCUAUAAUCAGACAUUCAACCUUGACCAAGUUGCCUUUGCUGCUGAGGGAAUUAAAGAUGCUCAACAGACAAUGUCAGCUUUGAAGACAGCUAACAAAGAAUUGAAAGGGAUGAUGAAGACAGUGAAGAUUCAAGAGAUAGAUAACUUGCAAGAUGAAAUGAUGGAUUUGAUGGAUAUCAGUAAUGAGAUUCAAGACUCUCUUGGCAGGAGCUAUAAUGUUCCUGAUGACAUUGAUGAAGAAGACCUGAUGGGAGAGCUUGAUGCGCUGGAGGCAGACAUGGGAUUUGAGACUGAAGGGGAUGGAGUCCCUUCAUAUCUUCAACCUGACAAGGAACCUGAUCUGGAUGCAGAGCUUAACCUACCAUCAGCUCCAUCUGGGCACGGACCUCUACCCGCAGCACAGGGUGAGGAUGAAAUGGGUCUACCUGCUGUUCCACGUGCAUCUCUUCGUGGUUAG